AUGGCCGCGACACGAAAGCACAAGCAAGCGCAAAAGCUGCAAGAGCAGCAGAUGUCCAAGGCACUCGCGGAAGCCAAGCCAAGCACCAAGCAUUUCACCUUCGACGAUGACGAGGAGCUCGAUGCAGACGCAGGCGCUGUCGCUUCGGGAUCCACCGAGACAAUCACAGAUGCUGAGGUCCAAGACGCUCCCAGCGAAGAAGACGAAGAAGAAGACGACGAGCCCAUCGAGGUGGUGAGCACGAAAGCCUCUCGAAAGCAGGCUUCGCAGGAGGCGGCCAAGCAGAAGGCGCAAGCAAAAGCAGAGAAAGCGAAGCGUCAAGCCGUCGACCAGAAGCGGGCCGAAAAGGCACAGAAGAAGGAGGCGGCCAAGGCGCAGCAAGCCGAGCCUGCUGCAGCGGACGACGAGCAAAAUGGCGAACCUGAGGCCGUCAAGGAUGAGCAGAGCCAAAGUGACGAGGAGGAUGCUGGCACAUCCAGCCGUCUCGACCCUUCGCUCUUCGCCGAGGUGUUUGCGAAGCCCGUGUCGGCGCCCAAGUCGAUUCUGAAGAAGCGUUCUGCCGAGGAAGCAGCCGACGAGGUGGCGAGGUUGCAACGCGAGCGCAAGCAGAAGCGCAAGCUCCAGCGUGCCGGCGGCGUCGUCAAGGGCAACGACGGUCUUCCAAUGAAGCGCACGCAGGACGGAACGGUGCUUCGAGCGCUCAGUAGCACCGGCUCUUCCAACCACAAGACCAACUUUGACGAUGACGAAGACGAGCCCGAAGAGCCGCUUGACGUUAUCGUGCGACCCGAGCGCCUGGAUCGCACCACUUCUCUGCCGAAUGCCAAGGCAAGAGCGUUCCGCAAGCGAAGCAUGGCCAAGCGAAGCACAGCAUCCAAGACCAACGCAUCUGCUAAGAAUGCCGGUGGCAAAAAGGCCAAGGACGAAGACGAUCCUCUGGGCCUCAACGACCCCGCUUUUUUGCCCGGGGGAGAGUUUUACCACCUCGUCAACAAGGGCGACAAGGCCAAGGGCACAAAGCAGGAUGCCAAAGCUGCGCCAGCGGCACGUCAAGCCUUCCGAGGCGGAGGCGUCCGCAAAGACGCCGUCGCUGUCCUCCGUGCUCGAAGCCGAGGCGGUCCAUCUCUGGGCUUUGCUCGCAGCCAACAGGACUCGGACGACGAUUACUAG